AUGUCACAGGCCAAGCGUGUGCCUUUGGCUGAAGCCAACCAAAAUGUACCUCUGCCAGCCAGCAUCAAACCCAGGGUCAAGAAUGUCCCUGUGGCUAGUAAUGUGGCCAAAGUAGAGCGGGAGGAUGACUCCGUUGCCAUCGCUAAACGAACCGAGGUGUUGGCCGUGGGGGAGAAGCUGGCAUCAAGGGAUGCUGAAGAAACAACGUCUGUGGCUACUGAGCACCUGGUGAAGAAGCUGCGCAAGAUUGAAGACUCCAAGGCCGCUGGUAGCGGACCUGCUUCAAAGUCGGCUAGACUCGUCGGUGACGAGCUCAAGAGCUGGCAGGAGUCAUGGCGUAAGAUUAUGAAAGAGUCUGUGGUGUACUUUGACACGCAAGGGUGUGACUCAAACAACCUAGCUCAGCAACAGGAGCAGAAACGGGCACAGCGUGCUUUGAGACUGGUGGGGUGCGAGAUUGUGCCCUUUUACGACCGAGAUGUUAGCAUCAUCGUCAGCAGACGCCAGUUCAAUAGCUCCAAGGCUUAUCCAAACAACGACAUCUUCCACGAUGCCGUGAGUCUCAAGAUUAAGGUGUGGGAUUACGAUAAGGUUUUCAGGUUUCUCAAGAACCUCGGUGUUUCAGACUCAGCAUCACAAGAGCGUACGGGAAACUUGUCAAACCUUCUAAAGGAAGAAAAGAUUUUUGGGUCUGCCGACAAAGAUCCUAACGCUAAAAGAGAGGACUUGCACUACUUAGAAAAGAAUUUCUUCUACGUGUAUGACUUAUCGCAAGCGGUACGUCCUAUAGCCGUAAGGGAAUGGUCUGGUGAGAACUAUCCGUCAUUUUACUACACCCUUGAUGGCAAGUGUCCUUUCAUUCCCGACACAUCCGAUAAUCUGGAGAGGAAAAAAUUGCGCCGGCUGCAAAAGUUCGAAGCCACGAAAGAAUAUAGAGAACUCCUCAAGAAGGUGACUGACGCCAUUAUUGGACACGCUCGUGAUAGCUUCUCCAUAAAUUCAUCUGCUGUCACCGAAACAAGCACAAGUACGGACUCUGCUGGAGCGACUGAUAGCAUCGCAGAGGAUGACGCCACCAACGACAGGGAGGGUACUGUCGAUGACAAUGACAACGAUACGAUUCUGAUGGAGAAAAAAGCAUCGUCAGAGCCCGAAGAAGAUACUGAAGGUAAAGAAAAUUUCGACUUCAAGGCACCCGCCGCUUUGACAAGAAAUUCAUCGGUCAUGCAACCCUUCAACAACUCAGUUUCUCAAUCAAACUCAAGAUUCUACGACGUAGUUGCCUCAGGAUACAAUGGAGCCUCCAAUGCACAAUCGAUAUCGAUGGACUCCGUGCUCAAUAGCGCAGCACAACAACAUGCUCAUCAAGGCAAUGGUCUCGGACCGACGGUGUCCCAGGUUGUGUCGAAGAAUUUGAACAACCUCAAGAGGCGCAUCUUCUUGAAGAAGCACAUGCAAAAAGCGGAUUCUCGCGAGCGAGAACGUGAGCGUGAGUUGAAACCUGGGUAUUGCGAGAACUGCCGCGUCAAGUAUGACAGCUUUGACGAACACAUUGUGUCCAACAGGCACCGCAACUUUGCUUGCAACGACGAAAACUUCAAAGAGAUUGACGACCUCAUUGCUACACUUAACGAAAGCAAAUUCAUGGGGUACGUCGCAUCAAAUGGUGACUACAAUUACGAGUAG